AUGUCCUCUGUAGAAAUAACACAAACAGAUUCAAAUAAUAAUACUGAAGAAUAUAAUAACGAUAAUAGUAAUAGUAAUAACGAUAGUUCAAAUCAAAGUACGGAAUUACCAAAACUACAUGAAGCAAUUAUAAAUGGUAAUUUUGAAGAUGUUAAAAAGAUGAUUGAUUCUGGUAAUGUAAAUUUAGAAGAAGGUGAUUUCGGUGGACUUCAUCCAUUACAUUUUGCAGCACGUAUGGGUAAUAUAGCAAUUGGUCAAUAUCUACUAGACAAAGGUGUAGAUAUCAAUGCAGAGAAUAACUAUGGAUCAACACCAAUCCUUGAAGCUGUUCGUAGAGGUGAAGUUGAAUUUGUAAAGUUUUUAAUAUCGCGUGGUGCAAACCUCUCCAUUGGUGACAUUGACGAUAAUACACCACUUCAUUUAGCCGUAAUGUGUGAAGAUGGUGAAUUAAUACCAAUACUAUUAGAUGCUGGCUCGCCAUUAGAUGCUAAAAAUAAAGAUGAUGAAACUCCAAUUCAAGUCACUGAAGAUAAAGAUAUUAUUGAUUAUAUAAAUGAAUUUAAAGCAUUAAAAGAAAAACAACAACAACAACAACAAAAAUAA